UAGGAGUUUCACUUUCAUUUUGCUGAAAACUUGGCCUGGGAAAUACCACAUGUGUCAUUACUUAUAUAGUCCAUUUAUUUGGAUAUAGUUUGAUAUGUCUGGACCCCGUGUGAUGUGUGUAGGACUUGCUUGUGUUGACAUAAUAAGUGUGUGCAAAAAUUAUCCCGAGGAAGACAGUGAUCAAAGAGUGUUGGAUUUCUAUUGGCAGAAGGGAGGUAAUGCCUCUAACACAAGCUCUGUUCUAUCACUACUGGGAGCCCAGUCGGAGUAUAUGGGAAGCUUUGCUAAUGAUAAUGAAAUGAGGUUCUUGAAGGAGGACUUUGACAGUUUUGGGGUGUCUACCUCUCACUGUGUUACAUACAAAACAGGCUACAUCACUCCUACCUCUGUUAUAAUUGUAAACUCACAAAAUGGAUCCAGGACCAUACUACAUGCCAGCAAAAAUUUGCCUGAAAUUACUUUAGAAGACUUCAAAGCUGUUAAUCUGAAAAACUACAAAUGGAUACAUUUUGAGGGAAGACCAAGUUUCAAUACCCCAGCCUAUGAAAUAGUCCGUAUGUUAGCUCACAUUGAUGAAUACAAUCACUCGGUGCCUGAAUCCGAGCAGGUCCAGACUUCAGUGGAGAUAGAAAAACCUGCCAGGCCAGAACUGGAUCAGCUCCUGGACAAAGCUAAGUAUGUGUUUGUCAGUAAGGAUUACAGUCAGAAUCAAGGACUGAGGAGUAAAGAGGAGGCUGUCAGAGGAUUCAUUAAGAGAUGUAGGAAAGGAGCUUCAGUCAUCUGUGCGUGGGGUGAGGAUGGAGCAGCAGCUAUGGAUGCAGAAGGACAUCUGAUUACCUCCCCCUGUUUUCCCCCAGAGAGACUGUGUGACACAUUGGCAGCGGGGGACACGUUUAAUGCGGCCACCAUUUUAGCUCUUGCUGAGGGUAGAGACCUGGCUGAGGCCAUCACAUUUGGAUGUAAGGUGGCUGGAGCUAAAUGUGGGAUGCAAGGCAUAAGAGGACUAAAAGAUGUUAAAUUUUCAUGAUUAUUCAUCAUAUUAAUAGUACUAUUAAAAAUUGUUGUCCAGUA